ACUAUUCUGUUAAAUUGUGAGUCAAUCUGAGAGUUGGUUUUCUGGCUAACGGAUUCAUGAGGUUGGGCACUGCUAUUUAACAUGGAAAGGUGGAGCGGCCUGCGCUACAUACACUCGAAUGAAGAGCGGGACGAAGACUAUUUGCAGAGAAUAUCUGUGUGUCUUAGUAUUGAUAUAUCGGAGAUGAUAGACAACCGCAUCAACACUUUUGGCAAAAUCUUUGCAGCUCAUCAAGAGCAUCGGAGUCCUGGCGGAGGUCUAUUUGGAUCUAUAGAGGACAAAUACACUAGGGGAAGUAGGUUGUCUUUUACGGUUCCAAAUAAAUUUUUUGCCAGGAAACGCUCUGGAUUAGAGAGACAUCGCAAAAAGCACCAAGUUCCAUAUGGGUGGAAUCCAGAUUCAAAUAGUCGCAAUGAUAUCUAUAAGCCCGAACGCUAUACGAAAUGUAGUGAUAGAUGUAUGAGUGCAGUGCCGCCCAGGCCUAACCUCAUGGAGUCUUACGAAUGCCCGAACCAACUGAGCUUCGACCCUUAUGAGCAACACUACAAACAUCCUAGAUAUAAGCCAAAUUAUGCCAAACCGCCUGCUGAAUGGGAUUAUCCUCCGGAAUGGGACUCUCGAAAUAAGAAGCGCUAUGGAAGUCUGGAAAACACAAAAUUAUCUAACUCGUUCUAUAAAUGUGAAUUUCCCAACAAACUCCACGAUAGAUCCUACAGCUCACACCCAUCUGAAUAUCAAGAUUACGCCGUAACCAAGCCAAACAGUAUAGAUAGGACAAGAUUUAGACAACCCUCCGGCUAUGCGAAUUCAGAGCAUUUGGAGGUCCCUUAUCAUAAUCAUAAUCAGCGUGACUGCUAUACAGACUAUAAUCCAAAUGUAAAAUAUUCGCCAGACUACGACUCAGAGUGGAAGUACAAUCCGAUACCAAACGUAAGAUAUAACUAUCCAGAGCCCGCAUUAAGCUAUGACUGCGAUUACGAGUACAAUCCCGAGCUGUAUCGAAGGUCGCCCUAUCAGAAGAAAUCUGUGGAUUUUCUUGGCGUCGAUUGUGAAAUACCCUACAACAUACUAAAAACGAAACGAAAUAUGCUACGUACUCAGAGACAAAAUUACGAAUAUCCAGAAAGCUUAUCAUGCUUUGAGCUACUCUCUGUUGAUAUUCCCUUUAAGGAAACGAUGCCAAAUCAUAUACCGAACUUUAACUGUGAGUAUGAUUGUGGUCGCCCAGAGUCCGGCUAUGAUUACUAUGCUGCAGCUAAGCCGAUGCCGCGAAAUGUAGAUUAUGAUUCGGAUUUUAUGCGUUCCAAUUCGAUUUGCCGGGGCUCCACAAAUUACUAUAGGCCACAGCGCAAACACCAUAAGUCGCUAAAAGAAAAAAUAUCUGGCUUCUUUAAAAGGUCCAAAUCCAAGGCUAGAAUCCAAAGCAAACCUAAGCACCGACCCGAUGGCAAGGAGCAGCGAUCUAUUUCAAAUUUCAAUAACCUUAUAAGUCAUAAGACCGCUGUGUCCAAGUCCGGGAGUAAUGCAUCCCGUAUAACUUCGAGCUUUAAGAGUCCGAGAUGCUUUCAAAGAAAACCUAGUUACGGCUUUACUUCGAUUAGAAAGAAAACCAGAUGCAACGUCUAUCCAACGGUCUACAGAGUGACGCGAGGAAAGGUAAAUAACACAGAUGUUGAUACUGCGAACGAUGACAAUAUUAAAGGCUGCUGUGACUAUUAUAGGAAACCGGAGAGUAUUGUACCUGCCGAGCGGAUUACGGCUAUUUCUAAAGAGGCGGGCUUUUCGUGCACAGCCAAAGCAAAGGCUUGUCACAGCUGCCACGGCUGUCACAAUCGGGAUGACCACAUGGUUGCCUGCAGGAAUCCAAAUGAGAAUCGGAAUGUGAAUUCAAAAUUCGUUGAGGACAAUCAAAGUCUUGCUAGCUCUACAAUGGUUUGCUGUCACAAGAGUUCUGGGGGCCACAAGAAAUGUAACGAGCCAGAACUCUCGUUUGCCGCAGUUAAACCUCAGGCCUCCUGUUGCAGCUUGGGUUUGUCUCCUCCAAAAUUGUCGUGCAGCAGACAAAACCUAAUAUCGGCAGAGCCAAAAUGUUUUCCCACCGAGCACAAAGUCUCCUUUGCUCAGUUGCAUUCGGAGCAGCUACAGAAAUGCGCUCCUUCUGAUCGCAAAGUUUCCUGUAUUCAUUUGCAUUCGGACAACCAGAGUAUGAAAUGCAGUCGAACAAUUCCAGAGCCUUCGCUUUGCAUGGAAGAGCUGCCGUCCUGUCCAUAUCAAAUAACAGCGAAAAGAAAUCAUCUAGAAAACGACUACUUCAGCGUUCGCAACAACCAGUGCACAAUUUCACCAGAUCCAGGUCCCAAUUCAUCUUUAAUCUGCAUUCCAGAGCCCCCAUUACCAGCGUGUAAGUGCAGUGAGCAAAAUACAACUCCGUUUAACACCAUAUGUAUAAAGAAUUCCGCUCAAGAGCUGGCACCGCCAGCAGCCAACGCUGAGCCGUGUUCGAUGCCAAUUAAACUGGAGCCAGUUCGAGUCUGUUCAAAAUCCCAAUUGCCUAGACAAGCAGGAAUCGGUAAUUGCGCUCAGUCUAAGAACGAUGCUCCAUCAUAUGUGGAGGAAUUGAAACGGGAGCUCUUAGCUGAGUUGGAAAAGGAACAGCGAAUGAAUGCACAGUUGCCAUAUCAGAAUCCGACGCCACACAUUAUGGUAUUCCCCACUCCACCGCCAGCCAACCCACUCUGUCCCAUCUGCCCGGAGCCAGCUGCGCGCGACUGCCCCUACAUGAAGUGCUGGCGGCCGCUCUAGAGCCCAACUCAAUAAACAAACAAUAUAUAAAUCU